AUGAAUCAAAAUCAACAACCAAACAAAAAUCGCAGGCCGACGCCCCAGCGACAUUCAGGGCAAGUUCCUGACGGCGACGGCCGUCACGACGCGUACCGCCACCACCCACGAAAAUCUCGAAAGCAACGUCAAAACCCAGCAGCUGGAGGAGAAACCGUGGCCACCACCACAACGCAACGGGGCGAACAGCAGGAACAGCGAGUGGUCACCCAGGAGGUCAAAACUACCGCCACGGUUACCAGCGGAGAUCAGUUCGCUCGCCGCGAUAGCAUUUCGUCGACGAGUUCCGGCGAUUCCGGAACCCCCAUCGACGGUCCCUACGGCGAGGAGGACGACUCGACGGUCAUCUACAACAAGAGCUACACGGGUGUUGAUGACGUUGCUGGAGCAUCGAAGAUUCCAUCCGGUCCGAAUGUGGAGCAUCAUCGGGUGCUGCUGGACGAUUCACAGGAAGGUGUUACGGCCGAAGGCGAGAUUGUAUCCUCCCAGACGGUUAGCAGCAAAACGCGAACGGUGGAAACCAUUACCUACAAAACUGAACGAGAUGGAGUGGUCGAAACGCGUGUCGAACAGAAGAUUACCAUCCAAUCGGAUGGCGAUCCGAUCGAUCACGACAAGGCGCUGGCUGAAGCCAUUCAGGAAGCAACCGCCAUGAAUCCGGACAUGACUGUGGAGAAGAUCGAAAUCCAACAGCAGACGCAGUAAGGCGAGACAAGGUAAGGCAUACACAAAAAAAUCGCAAACCCGCUCCUUGAUUCGGAGGGUCCAAACGACGGUCGACUCGUUUUUCGCCGGACCUGAUGUCGGUUUCUACACUCAACAGUUUUAAGUACAUGUCAUGUCAUCACAAAUCUCCCACUGUGGGAGCGCUAUUGUUUUACACUUGAGACCCACGCGCGAACGCUAGUUUUUUUUAAGUAAGCAUGAAAGUAUAAGAAACUAUACUUAGUUGAAUACGGAAACAGCCAACACUGUUGGCCAAGCACCGAGCGAACCACGAUAGGACAGUUGUUCUAGUUUAAGCAUUUUUUAAUUUUAAUACGAGUAAAACGACGAGAAGAAUAAAUGCUAAAAUGUAAUGGAGAAAACACAAUCAUUCAAAUCGCUUUAUGUCCGAUUAUGUUGUUCUGCUUUAAAAUGGGUAAUGUAUCUACGAUAAGAAGCAAAGUUGUUGAAAUAAUAUUUAACAAUAUUUACACAAAAACAUAAAAUCACGAGAAGCUUAUAUUGACAGCCCGGAAACUCUCAGUCUAUACAUAUUUAGAGAGCCGUGGCGUCGACAUAUUCGAGAAUAUUAUAUUCGAGCGAGUUUGCUUUUGAUGUUUCAUGUUUGCAAGGAAAUGCUGAAAAAGAAGAAAAUUGAAGCGAUAAACAGGUCAUUUACUGACACAAACAGCAACACUGCUUAAAACAUUGAAAAAAGAAAAAGAGAGAAAUGCGUUUUCGACGCUCCUGAUCGAAUGUAGCUAAAAUUUACAUCAUCUGAUAACAUCAAUUUAAGAAACAUAUUCGCAUACUUUUCCCCGUUUUGAAUCAAACCUUCUUACCAAUUCGAAUCACACUUUUCUUGUAAUUUGCCUCAAAUAACAUAUAUACGAUGAAAUAGUGGAAUUUUUAGCUAAAAAGUAAUAUUUAGCCAACAACAACGUCUACAACAACCAUCGUCGUGUUCAUUGAAAGGAUAUUUUCGAAGCAGGAAUGGAAGGAAUCAAUUGAACGAGAGACCAACACCGAAGGCAUAUCGCAUCACGCAGGCUGGCAACACUUUCCAGCCACAUAGUACGCCGAUCAAAGAUGGCGCUUCCGUGUGCUCGCUAGUUGCCAGUAUUCAUGAUGUGUACAGUCUCUGUAGAAAUCAUUGCAAUAAUAAGAAAAAAAUGAAAGCGAAAUGUCACACCGAAAAGAAUCGUUGCCUUAUUUGUAGUCGUAUUUCUCUCUUUCUUCGACAGCUUGUUUUCUCCCGCUCCCGUAGUUCGCAAUCUAUGUACGUACGAUCCUAGUGCUUUACAGAACUUUUAUUAUUCUUGUAACUAUAAACUAUACUGUGUUUUCUAUUUAUUUCCUAACUGUAAUUAACAUUCCGAGAGCGAUCAUCGCGGAACAGACCGAACGUACUAAGUUAUCUGAAAGCAGAAACAAAUCCCCCUCUAUUUAUUCUAUCAAAAUGUACAUUUCUCUUAUUCGAUCCUACGUUAUCACUUCUUCUCUCUAAACCUCACUUUUGAAAGUAGUUGAUAAACCGUCAUAACAAUUACAUUCAAUUUUUGUUCGAGUGUUACAUACGUUUAUCUGUGGUUGUAUGUCUACAUCUGACACGCCAAGCUGUCUCAAACCGUGUUUCGUGUAACGCUAGGAAAGGAAAUUUUUUGGACUAAAGUCGCAACCAAACACACAAUCACAUAUAUUUUUGUAAUACCAAGCUUUUUGCGCGCAUAAAAUGAUAAGGUUCAUGGAAAAAGCGAGACAUUGGAUGGCGCUCACUACGACCGUCAAUCGUUCCGUUUUGUCGUACUGCCAUUCAAAAUGGCAUCCAUGUUUUCAACGGUAAAUUGAUUGUAAAUGUAACUGUGCUUUUGUGUAGAACCUAUUGCGAUUAGUAUAUUGUCACAUUUAGUCAUCACAUCCACCCAAUUGUUUAUUUCCUAACACGUAAUCCGAUCCUUUUGUUUUUAGUUGACAAUUUUUCUAUAGUUUUGCCUACAAACUAUGGUUUUUUCUUCAAUAAGUAGUGUAGUUUCUAGAAAUACCACCCCUCAAAUUUGUGUUGUACGCGUCUUUUAGUUAUUAUUUUAUUGUUUGUAAGAGAGAUUUAUUUAUCGCAAAAAAAUAAAGAAAAGAAAAAAGAGAAAGCUAUUUGAAACGAUAUAUUGAUGAUGAAAAGAAAAAAAUCUUCAUAUUAGGAUUUAAGGAGUCGCUAAAUUUACUACCCAGCAGAAGAACAUAAGAACGCCAGCUAUGAUGUGGAAAAAGAUAAAGGAAAAUAUGCAAAUCGAUCCUACAAUGGAGCAAGCUAAUCUAUAGAUGUACCGAUCAUGGCAAAAGAGAAUGCAACAAGCUGAAAUCAGAACGAGUAAAAGUGACUAAGUCUAGCUUAUGUGAAAAGUAA